CUUCACUUGGGACAGACACACUCAUAUAGUUCGUCACUCUGGUAUUAAUCACCACAUACGGUAUACUGACCUCCACUCAGAUAGACACCUACGAGGCUCCGGAAUGUUGUAGCUUUGAGACUAUUAGACACAAACCACUGUACCAGUUGAUUAAGUGUUUUUCCUCCAGGCCGAAGCAUGCCUGUUCUUAAGAACCUCCCAGCUCGGCUGAAGGGGGCCAAGGGGAAUUUAGAGUUGGAGAACACUCACGGGGAGCUGAUUCUCCACAAGAUGAGCCUCAACCACAACCCGUUUGAGGAGAAUGGCUUAGAUGAGGAGUGGCCCAGGCACAAUGGUGGCUCACUCCUGGAUGGGGGCGCUCCACGGGACCGUAACCCAUUUGAGGAUGAGGAGGAUGAGAACGAGGCCAAUGAAGUGAGGCGUGGGGGCUCAGGAAAGGGUGGUUCUUUUAAAGGGACGCUUGACCGCAUCAAAGGCGUGUCACCACUCAAGACCUUGGGCAAGCUAGGCAAGGGCCUGCGCCUGUCAGGCAAGAGUAAGGGCAGCGCCACCCCUUCUCCACAGGGCUCCAUUGGUAUGCCCUCACCCAUGGAGAAAAAGAAGAAGGGCCGACGGAGUUCAGAAGGAAGUCUUCUAAGAAUGGCAGGGAGAUGCAGAGAGAACCUUCGUAAAGAGAGUUUGCCGAAUGGAGACUUGUGCUCAGAGAGUGAUGCCGAUUCAACCAGUCGCAGACUGUCCCUCUUGAAGAUUGUGGGUAGGGGCAAGAAGAGGGAGUCUCUCGUUGACCGCUCAGCAUCCCCUGGCCCUGAAGAAGAGCUAGUAGAGGAAGUGCCAGUAGUCAAACCCCGAGAGCCACUCUCAGUGUUGGAGAUCCUGCAGCUGGUGACCAAGCGAGACUUGUUCCUGGCAGACACCCACAUACUAGAGCUAGAACAGGAGUGUAAGGAGGUAUCUACUCCACCACUAGGGGGGGCGGAAGAUCUCACCAGUCCCAGCAGCAAAGACAGCAGCCGGCGUAAGGCUAAGGACGUGGAGCUACUGUACGAGGCCCUGCAAAAGGAGCUGUGGGACGUGGUCCGGGAAUCCCUGCGCUCUCCCACUGCCGGGCCUAACCUAGGCCUGGUGGUGCAGGUCCUCCAACAGGAAGAACAGGCUGAUCAGGAUUGGACCACAAGUGAGGGCGCUGUCCCAGGUGGACCACGGCCCAGGGAGCUGAAAAAGCGUUGGAAGGAGGCUGUGGCCGAGGCCGCUAAUGAGAAUUUGCCCAAGUGUGAAGCGGUCCUGGCAGGUGAGCUGGCAGCGUACUUGGAUAAACUGCGAAUUCGCAUGGUGGAGGAUCUGGGAGCAGCCCGGCGGAAUGUUGUGUCUGUGUACCCUGAGGAGUAUGAUGCCUUCCAGGUGUAUGUACAUAGCUACCAUCAGGCCAUCACAUGCCGGUUACAGACCAUCACUAAUGGAGAACUGCAAAUUACAGACAUAUACUCCCUUCUAGAUUGGCUCUACAAUAUAUAUGACAGGGACGUUAUUGGAACAGUGAGCAUAACAUCACCCAUCAACCGCUCUCAGCUCAGCCCACUGCUGCCAACAGAGAUGGUGGACAAGCUUGAGCAGGACUGCCUCAACUAUGUCAGGGGGAAAGUAACCAAUGAGCUGUCUCAAUUGUUGGAUGAGGAAGAAAAGAGAUGGACAGAAACACUGCAUGUUGAGGAGUAUCAGAUCCCACUCUCUAAUGCAGUUAUUCAGAGACUGCAGGGAGAUCUUGAACGCUCAGCAGCAAUUAACCGAGGUCUGGCCUCACGAGUAGCGCAGUGCAGUCUUAAUGGCCUUGCAGAUUUUCUGUACAGCUUUGAAAGGAAGGUGGAAAUGUUCCAUGAAGGCCUUGUUAGUGCAUUUGGGGAAAAUGAAGAUGGUUAUGUUGCCAAGACAAUCGCUUUAGCCAACUGCUGUCCGCCUUUCAAGAGCUUUGUGGAGCGAUGCGUACACAGUGAUCCUGCUGUCAGUGAAGACUCUGGCCGCAGAGCCAACGCCUCCCUGGACAAGAUCGUAAACCUGAGUGUGAGAGUGCUGAAUGACAGGAUAUUUGAGCACAUCAGGCCUUUCUUUGAUAAGCUGGUGAAGAGGAAAUGGCUGAGCAACACAGAGGCAUUUGAGCAAAUCAUAUCUCUCAUCAGGGAGCACUUCAAGAAGUUUAAAAGGAUGGAAGGCCCACCAUACCAGAUCCUGGUGGGAGAAGUCCAUCGGCGGGUGAUGACUGAGUACCUUCGUGCCAUUAUGAGAGGCCGAAUUAUCUGCACGACACUCAAGAUGAGGAAAAGGAUGGCCGGCCGUCUCCGAGAAGAGGGCAAGAAUCUUAAAACACUCUUCAAAGAGUUGGAGUCCCCAGCCUCAUGGCUAGACAGUGCGAUUCCCCACAUAUCAGAGAUCAUCCUGCUGGAAGACACACCCUCGAUCCAAAUAGAGGUUGGCGUCCUAGUUCGGGAAUUCCCUGACGUUCGGAAGAAGCAUGUAUCUGCCAUCCUGAAUAUCCGGGGAAUGACUCGGCAGACUGAGAGACAGGAGAUCCUCAACAUUGUGAAAGACAUCGAGAACAGCGACAGCCUCUCACAGCUGUCGCGAGACCGUGCUCUGUUCGCCGACGUGCCUGUGACAUCUGAGGUGCACUGUCUGAACAUGGGCCUGAGCCGCAUCGCCCUCACCGCCUCCUCAUGUUUCUAUAGCUUACGGAGUCGUCAGCGCAGGAGAACCCCAGCCAGGGAGACCCAUGAUGACAUGCUGUAAUCAAUCUAAAAACAUAUGAUAUAUUUCAAUAUAGAACAAAGAUACUGAGUUUUCAGUUGAGUCUUCCUGAGAGUCUUUCAUGAGUGGAGCAUGAAAACUGGAGCUGGGCAAUAAGCAGUGUUUGGAGCUUAUUUUCUGUAUCAUAAAUAGCUGGUAAGAGGGGUUGAGUUAGCAUUGGUGAAACUGGGACCAUUUUAGAAGCUUGCUAGUUGCAAUAUUUUCAUGUGCAUUGAAAUUUGAUAUUAUUUGGAUCCCAAAAGUGUUUAAAAGAAUCAGAACAUCUUGCACAAAAUACAGCUCACUUUAAAACAAAUAGAAUUGUCUUAAUGAAUGAGGUCAUCUCAUACCUUGGCUUUCAUACUAGUAUUGAUAUGACUGUCAUUUGUACAUGGUGAUUUAAUACUUGAUCUAAGGUACUACAUAAUGAUCUAGGAUCUCUGAUAUUUUUCUUGUAUUUAAAUGAGUAAUUUCAUGCUGCAGUCAUUGUAGUGCUGAUGAUAUCCAGAUCUGCCUGGAGAAAGAAAUCAAGGGCUACUAUUUAUGUUCCAAAUGUUAGACAAACGUUAUUUAUUGUAUCAAGGCAUAUCAUGUUUUUGUCCUACUCAGUAAUGCAAUAAGAAAAAUACCCACAUACUUUAUUUUGUAGAAAUACCUGUUAGUGUAAAGACUGGCAUUUUAAUGCCUUUUUGUGCUUAACAGACCAAAGGAUGGCACUUUUCCUUCACAGAUGUCUUGUUUUUUGUUGUUGUUUUUCCUCUCCCAAAACUUCAUUCCAUACCGAAUGAGGCUGUUUUUAACUUUCUAACUUUUCAGUAAGACAGUUUUUUUUUUUCUAUAGCUUCUGGCGAGUCUGUAUAUGUUGAUAAAAGAACAGCAUGUAAAAGGCAUCAAAGAUAAUUUUCAUUGUGCUUUAGGGUACUCGGUAUAUUUAAAAAAAUUUAAGCUUUUUUUUUUUCUUUUGGACAUAGAAAACCUCUGUAUAUUAGUCAAAUCAUAUAAGAAUAAAGGAUAAGAUAUAUUGAUA